UUCAAAGGUUAAAAUCAUUCUACUCCACCAGUCAGUAUUAUUACUAUAUGCUUGAUAUUCUUUUACAGGGUAUUUCUUACAUAAUAGAAUUCAACUUUUUGUAACUCCCAGGGUCUCCAUAUUUAUAGGAGAAGGCACUUGGGAGUUGGUAAGAAGGUCAUCCCGUGACCUUCUUACCUGUCAUGUCAACUCUGUGACAUUCAUGAUUAAUUCCUAAACCUGACACAUAAGUGUGGUCAAAUCAAUAGGUAAGGGGGAUAAUGGUCCGCACCGCCCAACCCAGUUGUGGGUGUCUGAAUACGCACGUUCAUGCUGCGUGUCCGAGAAAUCAGGGAUAUAUCAGACACGUGAUGUCUGAUAUAUGCACGUUUACCUUGCGUGGUUGAUUUUAUAAGGGGUCACAGCCUCCAACUCUAGCUCGUACCACGAGCUGGGUGCUUCCCUCAACCUGUGGCCUUCAGAGUCCAGACUCAGUCCUCGAGUAAUCUUGGCGAACCCUUAGGUUACCUCGAGCUAAGGAGGUAGGAUCUUACGAUGGCAGCUCCGGUCUUUGGGGAUGUCCACGUGGUAGUCAUGAUUAGGCCGUAUCUCAGCUCGCUAACAGCCCGUGGGAAAAUCAGGGCGUACAUCUGCCCCCCAAGCCCCUGCUCGUGGUACACGACUUCGCAUAGGGCCACAGUAGGGGCUUUUAGGCUUCCCCAUGAACUCUUCAUAUUCCACAUUCUACGCAGGCGCCGAAUACGUAGAACAUCGUGGUUGGUGACGGUACGUCUUCCGAGAACCGCAUUUAAUGGCCUAGCCUAUACUCAGCCGUCGUUUCGUCUUUCGAGUGGAGAGCUUUGGAUCCCACAUCAGGGCAAUCCAACAGCCCUCCUCACGAGGCCUUUCACAUAUAUAAAAGGGGUGGCCACCUUACGCAUGGGCCACCCGUUCAUUUGAAAAUUUUCAGAAAUUUCUCUUUUUCUUGCUCUAAAAAAUCCCCCAUUUUUUCUCUUUCCGGUUACCAUCUUCGGCGUUCCAGAAACUCAGGUGCAAGGGCUCCUUCGAAGCUUUGGAAUCAACUACUCCGACAAAGCCCCAACCCAGGCGAUUCCUUCAUCCUCUUCUCAAUCAGAACACUCAGUAAGUCUCCUGACCGUGCAUGUUUUAAAAUUAUUUUUCACUGUAGCUUAGGUAAAUAUUUACUGUAGCCACAUGCAAGGUUUCGUUGGUUUGUUGUGGGUAUGAAGGGUAAAAGCCUUUUAGGUUAGGGUAUCGUUUGUAGUAGAAAACCAUUUAGGAACACGGUUUAUACGGUGCCUUUUCUGGGGAAAUUUUCUGGGUAGGAUUUGUGGUAGGCUUGUUCAAAAUAUCUAGUAUUUUGGGUGCAAAACCGGGUAGCUUAGGGGACAUGCUUCACAGGCGGUUUUGCCUCUCUUGCCUACUGGAACUUUCCCUCCAAGGAAAAAUUCUAUCCUGACCCUCCUGACACACGAAUUCCGAGUAAUCAGGGAUCUGUUGGGAGCACAGGUGCGUGUUUAUAGAACCGCGUGGUCUCACUCUCCACGGGCUGGGCUUACCUCAGCUCGUGUCAAAGAAACACAUUCAGACUCUUCUCCAUUUUUAGGUCGCCUUUUUCUAAAAUUUCUUCUUUUUGUUCGCUAGGCGACCAGAUGGGACCCAAGAAGAAUGCUCCCAAGAAGCCCGUAGGCAGCUCGUCCUCCCACCAAGACAAGGGAAAGGCGGUGAUGGCUGAAUCCCCGAUCCCCAACUUCGGGCCAGCAGUGGAACGGGAGCUCGAGGUGGCCCCUGACGCGUUCUUCGAGGCGGAGAAGAUCGUCUCAAAGAUUACUGACCAGGCGAGGGUAAACAAAAUAUUCCUCUCCCAUAACAUCGAGCUGGGGAGAGGAUCCGUGAUUGCUCGACCUCCCCUGGAAGGCGAGCGGAGCUGCGCGCCGCUUGACGAGGCGUUCUCGGCCUGGAGCGACAAACAUUUCAAGGCGGGGGCCUUCCUCCCAUUAGACCAGUAUUUCGCCGACUUCCUCAACUUUGUGAGGUUGGUCCCCUUCCAGCUCCCCCCCAAAUUUUACCGUUUGUUGGCGGGGUUAAGAUACCUGUUCUUGAAACAGGAGUGGGAGGUCCCCACUCCUGCGGACAUUUUGUACUUCUUCUGCCUCAAGGCCAGCCCGGAGCAGCGGGGGCGAGGUGACGGAUUCUACUACUUAACCCGGUUCCCCAACACGGCUGCGAUCAUCGAGCUGCCCAGCCACCCCAACGACUUCAAAGAUCAAUUCAUUAUGUCGACGGGGUUCCGAAACUGCGAGCUGCACUACUUCAACCGCCCUCGUAAGUGCCUUUCAACCUUAGCUCGUAAGUUAAGUAUCGAUUAGCUCCUCUUGUAUCCAUUUCUGACUUAGAAUAAUUCUACAGCUAUCUUCGCGAGGAUAGAGAAGUCUGUGAUCCUCGGGAGCCAGUACGAGACACUGGCGGGCUUCCCCCCCCCCCCCCAGUGAAAAGGACUAUCGUCAGCUCAUGACAGACGAGACGAUGCUGGCUUGCAAGCUGAUCUCCCCAGGGCAGACUCUGAACCUGAGGAGGCCCCGGGUGCUUCCCCCAGCCCGCGAUACGAGGCCUAUCAUCGUGGAGGAGGUCGCGGGCGAUGAAGAUGAGGAGGACGAGGAGGAUGAGGUACCCCUCGUGAGGACGAGGCAACGACCGUUGGAGGUCGCCCAAAGAACGGACGAGGAGAGGGUCCGGUCCGGAGCAGCCGCAUGUCCUUCUGGCCAAGGUAACCCAUACAUGUUUAGGAACUUAGAUAGGGCCACUGCCGACCCCCGGCUAGCUAGGUAUAAUCCCAAACAAAUCGUCCAACGCCACCGAAGUGACCCAGACUUAGAUGAAACCCUGCUCCACUGCGUCGACCAGCUCGUGUUGGGCUACGAAAAUAGCCAUCCUAGGGGUAUCAUAGCUGUAGACAACACCCUAGCCUUUAGGUCGGUCCUAUUCGAGGAGUAUGGGACUAACUUUCGGUCAUGGCCAUCACUCCGGGAGGGCACCGUAGCUCCGGGUCUUAGGCAAUACGUAGAAGAGUCUAGUCUUGAGACGGCCUCGAAUCCAGAACCCGCGCUAGCUCGAGAAGUAAUUGACUUAGAUCCUCCCGCAAGAGCUCCGGGGCCAAUGGUCGUAACCAUAGAUUCUUCUUCUAGCUCGGGGGGUAGGAUUCCCUUUAGUAUAUACAGAUACUCGAAUUACUCUUUUUUCCCCUUUGUUUUUGUUUUUGCAUGACUGCUAACUUUUGUACUAACCAUAUCUUUGUUUUGACAGAAGAGAUGUCUCAGCCCGGAGGAAAGAGUCUGUGAGCUGCGUUCGCCGGAGGGAAUUCCUCCGCAGGAGCUUCUGGGCCCAAAAUGAAAAAACUCCAGAUGUCGAAGAAAACCGUCGGGACCUCAACCAAGUCUCCUGCAAAGGAGAAAGAGCAGCCCCCAGCCGCCCAAGUCGUGGAAACUGUUCCUCCUGCUGCAGGGGGGAGCAGCAUGCCCCCACCCCCUUCGCGAGCUCCGGCCUUCGUCCGGGACACAGGGGCGGAGCCCGGGGCUUCGGCAAUUGCACCUUUCGAGGUGCACAUCCCGGUUGACCCCCAGGACCUGGAGAAGAUUCCAGAGGCCUUCCGGGGGACGGUGUAUGAGACGGCGAACUACGCCGUCAGCCACAUUUACAAAUUCAACGAGAGGGAGCUCAGGGCCAUCGAAACAAGGAGCCUGGUGGGCGUGCUGGAAUCUUCAUUGGGCAUGGCCAUAACGAGCGCCGCUGCCCUUCAUCAAAGCAUAGCCAGGACCAAGGCCCAGCUCGAGGAUAUGAGGAGCGAGCAUCAGGCGGCUGUGGCCACUCACCAGACUUCCUUGCAGACGACUAAGGAUGCCCUGGCGGCCGCGCAGGUCGAGCUGGAAGAAGCCCGCCCCAAGCUACAAGAGCUCGAGGCUACCAAAGCCGCCCUCGUCGCUGCGCGGGUAGACCUAGACACUGCGAAGGUUGAGGCCAAGGCCGCCUUGGAGGCCGAGCAGGCAACUUCAGGCACCGGCAUGGAGGACAUGUUCUACCAUUGCUGGGCCUAUAACCCGGACGGCGACUUCUCCUUCUUGGCAGCGGACGUCUGGGAGCCCUUGCUGGAGGGGUUCAAAGCUCGUCUCGAGAAAGAAGCACCUUCCGAGACAGGGGAAGUCUUCAGCGCAGCUGAGCAGGGUGAGAUGGUGACCUCCAAGGGGCCAACUGGUGGAGCCUAGGGCCUUUCCAUUUUGCUCCCACUAUUUUAUUAUUCUUAUUUUUUGUUGUAACCUUUGCAUGAGGUGUUUCCACCUCGAGACAAUUAAUUUUUACUUUUAAUUGGUUUGCUCCC